AUGAAUGGUGAUCAAAGUAUUCAUAACGAAUCACAAUAUGAAUAUUAGCCCUAAGAUUAUCAUGAAGAAAAUGUUAAAAACUUAUAAAAGCUUUCCACUCUUUAUGAUAGAUAAUAGAGUACUGAAAUGGAAUUAAGAUCAUUCAUUAAAGAGUUGCAGGAAGAGAAGUCUUCGAUUGCCACCUAAUUGUAAUAAACAUAAUUAGAUUUACACGAAUAAGAAAUGUAUAUCAUCGAAUUAGAGAAUAUAAAUAAUCUGUUACAAACUAAAUUACAAGAUGUUAAUCAGAUUUUAGAAUUCAAAGAGUAGUAGUUUUCAAAUCUAGUUUAGGAUAUGUAAAAAUUAUAAUAAGAAAUGCCAAAAAUAGUGAAUAAUAAUAGUUAAUACUCUAUUAGCUCAGAAACUAGGAGGUUGUAGACUGAAAAUGAUAAAUUAAAAGAUACCAUCCAAAUUAAAAUAAAGGAACUAAAAAAGUAACCCUAAAUUGUAUUUUAUAGUUAAAUGAUGAAAGAAGAAUAGAAUUGGAUGAACUUCUUUGUGCAAAUAAUUUCUUACAUUUGCUAUUAUAUUUCUCCUGAUGAUUUAUCAUCUGACAUUAACAUUACAAUACAAGGAAUGUAUUAUAAGUUGUGUGAGAAGGCUUAUGGAGAAUCUUAAUCCUACUUGGAUAAUUUAAUCAAUCUGAUUAAACAGAAAGCUAGUUUCUUUUAAAAACAAUAUAAUGAGUAGUUCCAAUAACUGUUUAAGGAUCAAUAAGCAAUAUUAUGUAGUGUAGCAUCAAGUUUUAAAUUAAAUUAAUUCCUAGGAUUACCUUCUCCGAAAACUACUAAUUCAAGACAAUCAUCUAAUUUAACUCUAUAAUUAGAUAAGACAUUUCAGUCUCCGAGUAGGGUGUUCGUGAAAAAUAAGGCCAAAUUGAGCAAAGAUAAUCAUCCUUUGGAUUCCAUAUAAAUAUAGUAUUUGACUUAAUUAAUUAAAUGA